AUGGCCAUGAAUGUGGAUUUCAACGCCUUGAAGGCGCGGACUAUGGGGUCCGGGGCCGACGAGGAAGCAGUGACGGUUGAUACUAGAGGAUUGAUCUCCAAGGUUCUUGCCCGAUAUUCUGGUAAAUGGACUGUACUUCGAGAAAUGAUCCAAAACGCCGCCGAUGCCUCUGCCACAAAGGUGACAAUCAAGUUCGAGACUCUUCCCUCGACUACAGUACCAUCCCCAUCAACGGCCGACCCGACUGCACAGCUAAAACACACAAUCAACAACCAUACGCUUCGUCGACUCUUAAUUUCAAACAAUGGUUCCCCAUUCAGUGAGAAGGAUUGGGCACGCCUGAAGCGUAUUGCAGACGGAAAUCCCGAUGAAACCAAGAUUGGUGCAUUUGGUGUCGGAUUCUACAGUGUUUUCGACGACUGCGAGGAGCCGUUUGUUUCUUCUGGCAGCCAGGCUAUGGCUUUCUAUUGGAAAGGCAAUGCACUGUUCACACGCCGACUGGACCUCGGAGAAGCUGCAAGUCAAGAUACCACCUUCGUUUUGGACUACCGCAAUGAUUCUUCUCCAAUCCCAUCGCUACUGCAGUUGUGUCAAUUUUUAUCAAGCAGUCUCACCUUUGUCUCCUUACAAGAGAUAGAACUAUGGUUAGAUGAUUGGAAUCUUUUGCGGUUAUCGAAGAAAACUGCCCCUAGUGUUGAUGUUGCAAUCCCCAGAGACAUCGACACUAAAACUGAGGAUGGGCUGAUGAAAAUCGUCAAAGUCACUCGAGAAAUCGCGCAGGUAGACGCCUCUUGGAUGCGAAUCGUGGAAUGGAAUCCUAACGCAAGCAUUUUCCGCCUGGAUAAUAUCCGUGAUACAACAAGCUCACUGCGGAGUUUCUUUUCCAAGUUUACCGGUCAGCCAGAAAAGCAAAUCAAUCAACAGCCAGAGCAUGAGCGCCAGGAAGAAUCAAGCAACUUGAACACUAUGCUGUCCGCAUCGGUCUUUUUGCAUAUCAACACGGCGUCGAUCCAGCCUUCUAUUAGCUCCUCGCUAAGCAAAGAAUUAGAACGGGCUACAAGAAAGCCUCCCCCUAAGAGAUGCACCAUUGCUAUUUUGACACCCUCGUAUGACGCCAACAUAGCUACUGGGGCAUCUUCAUCACAGUCAGAGAUCCUUUCAUCAAUUCUGCCUACCAAGGCUGGAAGAGUAUUCAUCGGAUUCCCCACACAACAGACCACUGGCUUGAAUGCUCAUGUGUCUGCUCCAUCUGUGAUUCCCACCGUCGAACGAGAGAGUAUCGAUCUCAACACUCGUUAUAUCAGCAAGUGGAAUCUCGAGAUGUUGCGCGCGGUCGGUAUCGUUUGUCGAGUUGCCUGGUCUGCAGAAAUGGCUACCAUCAAGUCCAAAUUAGCAUCAAAAAUUGGACCAUCACGCUCAAAGAUUCGGAAGGAAGAUAUCGUGGAUGUAUUGCCGGAGGCUAUUCAUACUGCGAAUCAAUUUGUGUUUCGUGAAUCUACCCCGUCUUCGGUUCUGGGCCAAACUAUUGAAGACGCAUUUUGGAUGUGCAACAAGAACGCCUCUAUCGAGAUUCUUUCCACCUGUGGUGUUAUUCCCAGCCAUCAAACUCGCAUUGCGCCGAAAGAAUUGAGCUUUAUGGAUUCAAUUCCUGCUUUGCCUGACGAUCUCGUGAACAACGCCAAAGACUUUGUGAAAAAGCUUACCGAUUUCGGGCUCGUUACAGAAAUAACAGUAUCAGACAUCAAGCGUGAACUAGAGUCCAGUACUUUGCGAUCCAACCAGAUCGUUGAGUUCAUCGCCUGGCUUGGCCGCAAAACGAUAACUGGUCAGCUUGAUAGACUGUCGGUUCAGAGUCUAUUACGUGUAGCGGUGGCAAACGAUGAAGAUAAAGAAGGCCACCCCACUCGCCUGGUCAUCUUCGCGGAUAUAGCUUGCUUCUUGAAUCCCCAACGCAUCCCAGCAGAUCUUCCUGUGCCACCAAAUGUGAUUCCCUUCCGAUUUACCAAAUCUGUGGGUAAGGCAGAGCUGGAGGCGCUCGGCUGGGUUGAGCUGCAAAUUGUUCCUUGGCUUCGUUGGCUUGUCAAAAAUGCCGGAGACCGCAACAUUCUGUCUAUCGAUCAAGACAUCACACAAACAGCGGCAUUCUCCGGGCAAAUCUUGCCUGUUUUAUCAAAACAGUGGGAGCCCCUCAGCCAGGAUUCGAAACAGACUGUUGUCUCUAUACUCCAACCGCAGACUGUGAUUCCGACUCGGCUUGGAAUGAAACAGCCUUCUCAGACCUAUUUCGCAUCAGUACGACUUUUCGAUGACCUUCCCGUGGUUCAUGGGUUGAACGGCGUCAAAGAAAAGAUACUGGUAUCCCUUGGAGUUCGCAAAACGGUUGAGCUUGGCGUGAUCUUUGAUCGUCUUAUCAACACCCCUACGGCCAGCGACGCCAAAGAAUCCCAGCCCAGAAAAUGGAACCACGUUGAUCUUAUUCGAUACCUUACCUCUGUGCGGGAGGACAUCCCCACAAACGAUAUUCAGAGACUCAAAGGCACGAGUAUCUGCACUGCUGAAAGCGACAGCGGCUCUCAGGGAACACGGUACAAGAUCUCUGAACUUUAUGAGCCAAAAGAUUCUCUUCGGGCUCUCGGGCUACCGAUACUUGAGUGGCCAGGUAUCUACACCAGCAGUAGCAAUGAGGGCAAAUUCCUUACAAUGAUGGGAUUGAAGAGUUACCCAUCAGCUGUCGAAUUGAUCCAGCUCAUGACUGCCGGAAGCACGCAGAAGGACAGCCGAGCUACCAAGGCCCUUUCAUACUUCCUCAAUGAGUAUUACACAAACGGAUACGCUGUAUUCAAUAUCAGUGCGGUAACCGUGCCUUUCCUUCCAAUCGAAGAUUCCGAUCAAUUGAGUGUGCCUAAGAAAUGCUUCACUGAUGAAGGUGCCGCCUUGUUUGGCUUCAAAAUUCUUCGCAAGAAUCUCCAUACCCAUGCUUCAAAACUUGGAGUCAAGCCUCAUCCUCCUAUGACGGAGUGUUUACAGGUCCUUUCAAAGCAACCUCCUACUACCCAUAAGGACGCUCGGAUUAUUUUCAAAUAUCUGGCAGGUCGGGUGGCAGACUUGAAUUCACAGGAUAUCGCGCGCAUUAGCCAAGCUCCGAUCAUCCCGAUCCCUGUGCAUAGCCAAGCCGAAAAGGCACCUAGAACCCGUCUCGUGGCGCCUAGGCUUUGCUAUCUUGGAGACGGUGAAGACUACAAGGGAAUUUUUGACUUUGUUGAUUUCGGCCAAGAAGCGAAUCUCUUCCUCAUGGCAGUUGGCUCAAAACGAGAGCCUACCAAGAUUGAAAUUGCAAGAAUGCUGGUUAGAGAGCCAGCUCGGAUUUCUGCCGCGUUCCAAAGUUCCGAGAAAUACCUGAUGCUCCUCAGAACACUUGCGGAGCACCUGCCAGCGCUGAAGAGGGAUAAAGAUCUGUUUAUUGAAAUGAAGAGAGCUCCAUUCCUCAUGGCCAGCCGAGAUAUUCCACCGCAAGCUACAGGCAAGGGUGAAAAGGAAAAGGUCAAGGAGCCUCUUGAUGAAGAUGACGAUCUGGAUAUCAGAGAAUGGAGUUUGACAUCUGCCAAGGACAUUGUUUUGGUAGAUGCUUUCCAGAGUUUCAAUCUGUUCAAAGAGCACAUCCUUGCUGCGCCACAAGAAGAAGCAUUGGAGGACUUCUAUAUUGCCCUUGGCGCCAUCCCGUUGAGUGGUCUUGUGGAAGAACAAGCGCGGUUUGGCGGUAUUGCACCUGACCAAAGACUGGCAGUCAAGCUUCAUAAAUUGAUCCUCGAGCGUGCAAGACUCUUCUUGCAUGACCAACCCGCCGAUUCUGUCCUGCAUGGAGCUCGAUGGCUCGAACACUCCUUCAAAGUUCAGGUUGUGACCUCGAUAUCUCUCACGAGAUCCCUCAAGGGCCGACGAGUUGCACACACUCAGAAGCGAAAUGCUAUCGUGGCAGAACUGGGGAGGAAUUGGGGCAUGUGUAUCACCCCGGGUCAAUAUGAUCUAUACGAAAUCAGUCAGUCGCUGGUGCAUCUGAUACUGAAACGGCCCAAGCUGCAUUCCACCCUUACCCUGGAGAUGUUGUUGAAGACCGAUCUUUUGGAACUUCGGGCCCGAGGCUACAACGUGGAACGUAUUCUGAGACAAAAGGCCCAAGAAGCCCGCGUAGCAGAGGAUAAGCGCCAAAAGCAGGUCGAGGAAGAGCGACGUGCUUUGGAAGAACAGGAAGCCGCAUGGGCUGCUACUCAAGCUCAACGUGCUUUGGAAGACAGGCACGAGCAACAGGCGCAGAAUGCGAUGCCCGGUGUCUUCCCAGAAUCGCCGAACAAUAACAAGAUGUUGCCAGCGGAAGCACAUGCUCCUCCGCCCGAGCCCAUGCCUGAGCGUCCCAGUCGCGGCUUGUUUGCCAACUUGUCGAAGCGAUUUGGCUUGGAUAGUAACAAACUCGGCUCCUCUGGCUCUGAGGAACAAUCAAAGUCUUUGCUGCCUGACUCUUCUACACCUCCUCCGCCGCCCUACUCUUCCAACGAUCCGCAGAAACCACGCCCGGAACAAGGUGUCACGGUCAACUCACCCCAUCGCUUGAAUUCCGAGCUUCUGUCAGCGGUCCAAGCAUGCCGGCCCCACGGAUCUUCGGAUGUGUACAGCCGGCCGGAGACGAAUCAAAUCUCAGAAAGCAAGUCCUACUGCGAUGAGCGUCCCAGCCAUGACCUGGAAUUCGUCGCCACACUCCCCAGCGGUGUCAACGUCCUGUUCACACGAACAGUCCCCGAACGAUCCGCCUUCCUCGCAAGCAACCGCGCCGGCUUCACCCUCUUCGCGUCGAUUCUGCUCGACUGCGGGUCAAUCUUCUCCAUGCGAGCCGACAGCCUCAGCAUCUUCUACGACCCAGGUGGCAAGACAAUCGCCUUCAACCGGGCUGGCAGUAUCUUCUGUAACUACUUCUAUUUCCAGCAGUUGCAGGAGAAAGCCCUCCUCCAGAGUUCCACCCCCGACCGUACUGAUGCUAUCGUGUAUUGGUGGGUGAUCCUCUGCCAUGAGCUGGCGCACAACCUGGUUGGCGACCAUAGCUCCGCGCAUAGUUACUACACCGAGGGCUUUGUGGCGCAAUAUUUCCCGAAGGUUGCUGUGAAGCUUGCUUCGCUGCAGGUACCGGCGCCAUCUCCAUCUAGACAGACUUGA